AUGGAGCCCAAGCAUAAGGAGCUGCUGGCCCAGUGUCACCAGAGCCUGGCGCAGGCCAUGACGGAGGUGGACCAGGUGAUCGCGCUGCUGGAGGCGGCGGGCACCCUGAGCGCCCGCGACCUGCGCGAGCUGCACGAAGCCGGCGCGGCCAAGGCGGGCGGGGAGGGCGGCGACGCGGACGCCGGAGGAGGGGAGCGCGCCUCCGCCAGCGCCGGCAAGGCCGACCUGCUCAUCCAGCUGCUCCUGGCCAAGGAGCGCGACCAUUUCCAGGACCUGCGCGUGGCCCUGGAGAAGACGCAGCCGCACCUGCUCUCCAUCCUCUACCUGAACAGCGGCGUGGCCGGCGCGCCGCCCGGCGAGACGGCGGGAUCAACUUACAGUGUGCUGUCCAUAAUGCCGUCGGACUCUGAAAGUAGCAGUUCUCUUAGCAGUACUGGUACGACAGGGAAAGCAUCAUCACCACCACCAGCAGCUGUGGAUGUGAGGCAGAUGAAUGAGAAACUGGAGACCAUCUUGUUUCAACUCCGCCAGGUUACCCGUGAGCGAGACGAGUUGCGGAAGCGACUUGCCCUCUCCUCUCCUGGGUCAACCUUUGAUGACUGCAGGCCUAGUCCCAAGCCAAACCAUGACUACGAAAGAUUGAAGAUACAGUGCAUGAAAGCCAUGUCCGACCUGCAGUCUCUACAGAACCAGCACACCAAGACGCUCAAAAGAUGUGAAGAAGCGGCAAAGGAGGCCGACUUUUAUCACACGCUGCACAGCCGGCUGCUGAGUGACCAGUCGCAGCUGAAGGAGGACAUGGACACCUUGAAGCGGAAGAACACCCAGCUGGUGCGAGAACACAACCACCUCCAGCAGUCCUGCGAGGAAAUGAAGAGGCUUCACGAUGAAGACCAGAAAGAGAUCUCGGACUUGCGGACCCAGCAGCAGCAGGUUAUGAAGCAGAACGGGUCGUCGGAGAUACUCAACAAACUCUACGACGCAGCCAUGGACAAGCUCGAGGGUGUGAAGAAGGACUACGAUGCGCUCAGGAAGCGGCACAACGAGAAGAUUGCGAGCCACAACAUGGAUCUGAGCCGACUGGAGCAGACGGAGGAGGAGAACAGGCGGCUGCAGAAGCAGAUCGACAUGCUGAUGAAGCAGCGGGACACGGCCGUGCAUUUCCAGCAGCAGUACUCCUCCUCACUGAGAAGAUUUGAGAGUUUGCAGCAAGAACUGAGCAAAGCCACUGCCCAGAACAAGGAGCUGCAGCGAGAGAUGGAGCGGCUCCAGUCCGAAGUGACAAGGUUUAAAACGAUGCAGCUGAAGGCGGUGAAGGAUGCCGAGAAGUACAAGGAGGAGAGGGACUCGGUUUUCAGCGAGUACCGACUCAUAAUGAGCGAGCGCGAUCAAGUUAUCAAAGAAGUGGAUAAGCUGCAGACGGAGCUGGAGGUUGCGGAGUCCAAACUGAAAAAUACGUCUUCGGAGAAGAGAGUAGCCAGUGAAGAAAUGGAAGCUUUGAGACAGGAACUGAAUUCUGCCCUGGUGGAACGCGAUCGCGCGAUCUGCGAAAGGAAUGAGCUCUUAGAAAAGUACUGCCAUGAAGUGAAGGACAAAGCCGAGGCCCAGAAGGAGCUGGACCAGGCGUGCAAGGACAUUGAGACCGUGAAGGAGGAGAGGGAUGUGGCCCGGAAGGAACGGACAGAAGCCAUUAUCCAGAGGGACCACCUGCUGAGAGAGUACUAUCAAGCUCGCCAGAUACAAGAUUCUGCUACGCUGGAUAUAGAAAGAGCGAACAAGGAGAUUGAGAUGCUCCGGAAGCAGUACGAGGCAAUGUCACAGGAGUUAAGAGAAGCAGUCCAGGAAGCAGAAGUAGCAAAAUGCAGAAGAGACUGGGCCUUCCAAGAACGUGACAAGAUUGUUGCAGAGCGAGAGAGCAUCCGGACUUUGUGUGACAACCUGAGGAGGGAGAGAGACCGAGCCGUGAGUGACCUGGCUGAGGCGCUUCGCAAUCUGGAUGAUAUGAGGAAGCAAAAGAAUGAUGCUGUGCGUGAAUUGAAAGAGCUGAAAGAGAAGAUGGAGAAUCAGUUGGAAAAGGAAGCAAGGUUCCGGCAGUUGAUGGCCCACAGUUCGCAUGAUUCCGCGAUUGACACGGAUUCUCUAGAGUGGGAAACCGAAGUGGUGGAGUUUGAGAAAGACAGGGAAGAUAUGGAUCUGAAAGCUCUUGGCUUUGAUGUGGCUGAAGGUGUGAAUGAGCCAUAUCUUCCCGGAGACUGUGGGAUCUUUGUGACCAAAGUGGACAAGGGAAGUAUUGCAGAUGGUCGGUUAAGGGUGAAUGAUUGGCUGCUGAAGAUAAAUGAUGUGGACCUUACCAACAAGGACAAGAAGCAAGUCAUAAAGGCGGUGCUUAACGGUGGGGGAGUCAUUAAUAUGGUUGUCCGCAGGAGGAAGUCCUUAGGAGGGAAGGUGAUAACACCGCUGCACAUCAGUCUCUCUGGCCACAAAGACAGUGGAAUUGGCCUGGAAAAUGGCGUGUUUGUUGCUACUGUCGUGCCUGGUGGUCCAGCUGCCAAAGAGGGGUCCCUUGCAGUGGGAGAUAGGAUAAUCGCCAUCAAUGGCAUUGCACUAGAUAAUAAAUCACUGACCGAAUGUGAAGCUUUGCUGCGGAACUGUAGGGAGUCUCUCGCGCUUUCAUUGAUGAAGUUCUUUCCUCAGAGCUCCAGCUCUUCCUGGAGUGGGCAAAACAUAUUUGAAAACCUCAAGGAUUCGGAGAAGAUGUCGAACUGUAGGGUCCAUGCCUCUGAGGUGCAGGUCCAGAAUAAAAGAAACUUAAAACACAACAGCUCCACCCAAACGGACAUCUUCAGUCCAGACAUCAUGGAUGUCAAGAAGGAGCAAGGAGACCAAGAAAGUGCCUUGUACUGUGACCUCAAGCCGUUCUCUGAAAGCCUCUUGCAUGCCGAUGCUCACCAGGCCGGGGUCCACGGGUGCCACAGCAACUCGGAGCACAGCCUUGGCUCCUUCAGUCCGGAUGUGUAUGAAGACCCAAGCUAUGGGAUGAUGAACCUGGACAGCAGGAGGCUGCCCUUUGAGCCCGCCGUGGCCGACUGCAUGGUGGUGGAGAGCACCUUGGACAAAGGCCCGGGAGGGAAGCACAGUGGUGGCACCUGGCCGAAAGUGGUGGUCAAUAUUGCCACCACGGAGACAGAAAAGUUCUCCGUGUACAAAAAGCCCAAGCAGAGAAAGUCCAUCUUUGAUCCGGACACUUUCAGAAGACCUCUGACUCCUCCCAAAAUGGACUAUCUGUCUCCCAACCAGGGCUUGGGGCAUUCACCCCAGCCCUCCAAAACUGAAGCCAUUUCCACCCCUCCCACCCCUCCCAAGAGAAGCGACUCUAUUAAGUUUAAGCACAAGCCACAGCCCAGUUCCACCUCCGAAUCGACAGUCACAACCGGCUCUCUGCCUACCAGUCCGGCUGCGGUCCAGCCCUCGGCAUCCAUCGAACUCCAACCAGACUGUGGUCUUCACAAGGGGCGCCAUUAUUACAGGGAAGAUGGGGUGGACUCAGCACAUUUGCCUUCAAGAAAGUCCGGUGAAGAUGGCGUGGGCUUUCAAAGAGUGGAAGAGCCGGAGAUUAAAAGACCAAGGCCCAAAUCUGCUCCUGCCUUGAGACAUAAACUAACCCCUGUGCCCAUUGCUAAUCCAUCUCAUCAGGUACAAAAGUACACUCCCGCAAGCGAAGAGCUGCUUUCCCCCGAGCUGCAGGAGUGGCCCACCUACUCACCAAAAUGGUCCAGUAGGCACAGCGAUGGGCUCGUGCCGGCCUCUCUCUACUCUGGAAGCUUGUCGGCAGGCACAGUACCCAGAAACAUUGCGCCAUGUCCCGCAGUAACAGCUGUUAUGAGAAAUCCAGUUUACACAGCUUGGAGCCAUAGAGUAAACUCUACCAACUGCCCAUCUGUUGCUAGCCAGUACUGCCAUCAGCACCUGCAUCCCAGUGCCCAGCACCAAGGCCGGCUGAGUCUGGACCUGAGUCACAAGCACUCUGGGGACUGUUCUGAAAACUCACGCACAAGGUCAUCCCACGGUUCAAAUUCACUGCCUUCGAGCGCAAGACUUGUAGGUUCGUCCAGCAACUUGCAAUACAGAACAGAACGGAUAAAAAUACCUUUGACACCAAGAUAUCCAAGGUCCAUCAUUGGCUCCGACAGGGGUUCCUUGUCACAUUCCGAAUGUAGCAGCCCAAGCCUGAUCACUCCUCCACAGUCGCCGCUCAACCUGGAGACCUCAUCCUUCGCCAGCAGCCAGUCUCAAAAUUCCCUUUCCACACUGCCCAGAAUCUCAGUGAGUCCAGUCUCGAUAGGACAACGUCGAAAAGACAAGCCAUACAUGGAAGAACCACGCCACGUCAAAGUGCAAAAGGGCUCUGAGCCACUUGGGAUCUCCAUUGUGUGCGGUGAAAACGGCGGGAUAUUUGUCUCCAAAGUGACCGGGGGAAGCAUCGCUCACCAAGCUGGCCUGGAAUACGGUGACCAGCUGUUGGAGUUUAACGGGAUAAACCUGAGGAACGCUACCGAACAGCAAGCGCGGCUCAUCAUUGGGCAACAGUGUGACACCAUCACCAUUUUGGCACAGUACAACCCACACAUGUUCCAGCUCGGCAAUCACUCGCGAUCGAGCUCCCGGCUGGAACCUGUGAGCAGCCGCUCCACUCCGCAGGGCAGUGGAGCUGCCACCCCCGACAGCCAUUCCAUCAUCGAUACUGUGAGCGAGCAGGACGAAGGGACCAUGACGCCUCCUUCCAAGCAGACCACCCCCACGACCAGUCCCCGCAACUCAAUGAGGAAUUCUGUGGACACCAAUAAGAGGACACCUGAGCCUAGAACAGUUCUCAUUCAGAAGUCCCAAGUGGAACUUGGAAUCCAGAUCUGUGGUGGGAACCUGUAUGGAAUAUUUGUGUCGGAGGUAGAUGGUGAGAGCCCUGCCAACGGACCUGAUGGCCUGGUGCCGGGCGACAUGAUCCUUGAGUAUGGAUCUGUUGACCUGCGGAAUAAAACUGCUGAGGAAGCUUACCUCGAAAUGCUCAAGCCAGGUGAAAAUGUUAGAAUAAAAGCUCAGUACAGAAUAGAAGAAUUCACCAAGAUCAAAGAGCUACCUGGAGAUGGAUUCUAUGUCAGGGCACUUUAUGACCGGAUGGCCGAAGUAGAGCAAGACUUGAGCUUUAAGAAAGACGAUAUUCUGUAUGUUGAUGACACUCUCCCACAGGGCAACUUUGGCUGCUGGAUGGCGUGGCAGCUGGAUGAAAAUGCCCAAAAGCUGGAAAGAGGACAGAUUCCCAGCAAAUACAUGAUGGAACAGGAAUUUUAUCGGAGGCACAGCAUGUCGGAAGUGAAGGAUGAGAACAGCUCCACAAAGACAUCCUCGGCGGCGGCUCGAAGAUCCUUCUUUCGGAGGAAGCAUAAGCACAAACGCAGUGGGUCCAAAGAUGGGAAAGAUCUGCUGGCUCUUGACACCAUCAGCACCGACUCCAUCCCUUUCUUGGAUGAUACCGUGAGUCUUGCUUAUCAAAGAGUCCAGAAAGUAGACUGCACUUCUCCUAGGCCUGUGCUUAUUCUCGGACCAUUGCUUGAUGCUGUGAAGGACAUGUUAGUCAAGGAAUCUCCGGGGAAAUUUUCCAGGUGUCCUCUUGAGGUGAUGAAAGCUUCUCAGCAAGCCAUCGAGCGGGGUGUGAAAGACUGCCUGUUCAUAGACUAUAAACGUAGGAGCGGACAUUUUGACGUGACAACUGUUGCCUCGAUCAAGGAGAUAACAGAGAAGGACUGUCACUGUCUCCUGGAUAUCGCACCCCAUGCCAUCGAGCGGCUCCACAGCAUCCACAUCUAUCCCAUCGUCAUCUUCAUUCGCUACAAGAAUGCCAAGCAAAUCAAAGAACAGAAAGACCCCGUCUUCCUGAGGGACAAAGUUACGCAGAAACAUUCCAAAGAACAAUUUGAAACUGCUCAAAAAAUCGAGCAGGAAUACAGCAAGUUCUUCACAGGAGUGGUCCAGGGAGGCCCUCUUUCCAUCAUUUGCACUCAGAUCAUGACGACCGUCGACCAAGAGCAAAACAAAGUCCUGUGGAUUCCAGCUGGCCCUCUAUAGCUACGUGCUGUGAAAUGACUGAACCUUCUUCAACAGAUUGUAAGUGGACAGUUGAUGGGGGAUUUGGGUCCAUUUAUCGUUGCCGGAGUGGUGAGUACAAAUCAGAGUUCCUCAUGAGCAGCGUGCCUGGAAGAUGGUGAUUGCUUCGUUGGCAGAACCCUUCCACAUUGUUUCUGUGCAAACGGACAGAUACAGAACUUGCUUUUUCAUAUGAAGACUCUGUGAUGCUGCAAGAGAGAGAAAGAAGCCCUUUAGCAUACGUUUACAAAACCUCCCCUGCUAUUUGGUGGUUCGUGUUUACUUGAAUCUUCUUCUGGUUUUGGCUUUUCUUUUCCUUUUUUUACAAACGAGCUGUUCAGGUUUCCCCUUCCCCUGCGUCUUUCUCCUCUGCUUCCAAUUCACAACAGCCACAUGCGACAGAGUGGAGUUUCUGCGCAUGAGUGAGGAUGACUUGUACACGGAGGUGCGUGGAUCUGCCUUUCCAUAGCAGCCAUUUCACUUCUGGAUUAGGCGCGUGAAUUGUGAAUGGGUUUUCUCAUCGGUACUCCUCUUGAGAGUGAAUCCUGGAGGAAGACGCACACCUCCGACGCAUGGCUCAGGCCACUGUUUGUAUUUCAUGAACUCUUUGUCUGUUAAAAGUUAUUGGCUUCCUUUAUGCAUGAAUUUAAUAUUUAAAUGUCAGGAUGUAUCCGAUCAAACUGUGCGCAUUGUAUAUUCCAAAAUAAUAAUUUUGGGUUGCUGUGUGUCUGUUGAACAGUAAAUCGGAAGGGUUGAGAGCUGGGUCUGGACCUUCUUAUUUUAUCACGUGUAAAUAGUCUGUAAUUGGAGUCUUGCAUAUUCAAGCUUUGUUCUUUGGAGUGUAACGGCCAUAAGGAUUUUUAUUUAAUUAGAAGUAUAGUCUGUAGGGAUUUGACAAUUCUAGUGUGAUCCUGUAACUGUACGUUUUGCCACUGUCGACAAAUGGGGUGUGUGUGCAUUGUUUCAUUUUUUCGUUUUGUUACAAUUUGUAUUUCUUGACUGUACCAAAUUCCAUUGUCUGUUUCUUUUUUGCACUUCCGACUUUGUUUUCCAACUGUAUAUUUUUAUUUUUCCUUUGUAAAAAAGAAUGCAUGUCAUGUUUUGUAGGUACUGUAACUUUAUUGUUAAAGUAUCCUUAAAUAGCCUUUGUGAUUUCCUUUCCUAACAUUUCAUUAUGUAGAAUGAUGUUUUCUUUUGUUUUUGCCCUUCGGUUUUUAGUUUUUUUCCUUUUUAUUUCCAUUAAUUAAAAAAGGGAUUCUUCUUGCACAGUUGCUCAAAGACAAAAUUUGGUUGGACAUUUUAACCUCUGUUUUGCAGAUAAUAUUUUAUAGCUCAAAAUACGGGAAAGAGAAGAAAAAAAUGUAGAAAGACUAUUGAUAAAUUCUUAGGUGAAAUACUGUUUAUAAGUUGAAGGACAGCAGUUAUAUAUAUUUUUUAAAGAGGGAGGCCAAGUUGGACUUCAGCGGUACAAUUGAGACAAACUGGUACUGUUGCAACAUUAAUUUUCUGUACUAAAAAGUCACUUUGUAUUAAAGCAAAAAAAGUUAAAGAAACUGAGUAUGGUGUUAAAUAAAGGUCAAUUUGUAUAA